AUGGGCUCAGGGGUCAGCAUACUGAAAGUCCUCCUCUUCCUCCUAGCCUCUGGUAUGCCGCACAGUGCCAGCCAGGCCUUCGGGGCUCACAGUCUGCUGGAAAAUGGAACAAUUCACAGCGGCAGCCUCUGGUGUUCACAGUCUCAGAGUCACACGUACAAUGCCAUUGUUGUAACUGCACCGCGAGUGAGGAGUCGGAGUUACCUUGUUUCAUCUCAGCUUAACAUGAAGUUUUCAUGCAGGAUGCUUCACGUGGAGACCAAUGCUCGCCAAGGACCCCUGAGGUGGGAACCAGGCAGAAUGCUAGAGUAUGUUGGAGGAGCUCAAGUCUUGGCAACGGGCAAACCUGCUGCAGCAGAAAUUGAUUUCAAGUACGCCCUCAUUGGGAUGGCUGUGGGUGUCGCCAUAUCUGCCACCUUCCUGGCUCUGAAGAUCUGCAUGAUCAGAAAGCACUUAUUUGAUAACGACUCUUCCGACUUGAAAAGUAUACCCCUCAAUGGCUAAACCGCAGUUUCUCCAAAAGCAUCUGCCUAGAUCUGUGCAAACUCUUCAACUACUGAAAGUGACACUCUCCCCAAAAUAUGUCCAUUAGCCUCAGGGAAUGACUUCUUCCCUUUUUGUCAUCAAAGUGGAUGA